GGGAUUUAUUCGAGCGUAGUGUUGAAUCUAGUCAAAUCACUCGUCGCUCAGUGUUGCACCUGCCGGAUCGUUCGAAACUUUAACUUCGUUCCCUUUCGUCGUUAAUCUACGUCUUCGUCGAUCUUCUAUUCUUUAGUGUUCGUCUUUGGUGUUGCUCUUCAAGGGUAAAUAGUAAAUCGCCUUCAAGAUGGGGGCAAUGUUCAGGAGCGAAGAAAUGGCCCUUUGCCAGUUAUUUAUCCAACCUGAGACUGCCUAUCUUUCCGUUUCCGAGCUUGGAGAAACUGGUACGGUGCAGUUUCGUGAUCUGAAUGGAGAUCAGAAUUAUUUUCAACGAAAAUUCGUUAACGAAGUUCGACGAUGCGACGAACUCGAACGGAAACUACGAUAUAUCGAAGCAGAAGUGAGAAAGGAUGAUGUACCUAUACCCGAUAAUUUAUCAGAGUUACCACGCGCACCUAAUCCCCGUGCGAUCAUAGACCUCGAGGCGCAUCUCGAGAAAACGGAGAACGACAUAUUAGAGCUGAGCCACAACGCGGUCAAUCUGAAAAGCAACUAUCUCGAGCUGACGGAAUUAUGGCACGUCCUCGAGAAGACGCAAGUAUUCUUCACGGAGAAUCAAGAGUCGUUUCUUCUUCUUCUAUAUCAACAGGAAGAGGCCAACGACUCAAUCACUAGGGCUUUGAUUAACGAGGAAGCACAGAAUCCGAGCGCGUCGAGUCGAGGUCGACUCGAAUUCGUUGCUGGGGUGAUUAACCGUGAGCGAGUACCUACCUUCGAGAGAAUGCUUUGGAGAAUAUCUCGUGGAAAUGUAUUUCUUCGUCAAGCCGAACUCGAGAAGCCAUUGGAGGAUCCGGCUACCGGCAACAAAAUCUAUAAAACAGCUUUCGUCGCCUUUUUCCAAGGUGAACAAUUGAAAAGCCGUAUCAAGAAGGUCUGCACUGGAUUUCACGCUUCCCUCUACCCUUGUCCGAACAGUCACGCUGAACGUCAAGAAAUGGCUAAGGACGUGCGAAUAAGAUUGGAGGAUCUUAACUUGGUUCUAAAUCAAACUCAAGAUCAUCGGCAACGUGUCUUACAUAGCGUAGCUAAAGAGCUCCUCAAUUGGAGCAUCAUGGUUCGUAAAAUGAAAGCUAUUUAUCAUACAAUGAAUCUCUUCAACAUGGACGUUUCGAAGAAAUGUUUGAUAGGAGAGUGUUGGGUACCCGUCGCUGAUCUUAGAAUCGUACAGACCUGUUUAACGGAAGGAUCGCUCUGUGGAAGUUCGAUACCGUCUUUCCUCAACGUAAUUCAAACGGACGAGGAUCCUCCAACAUUUAAUAGGACAAAUAAGUUCACUAGAGGUUUUCAGAAUUUAAUAGACGCUUACGGUAUAGCCUCUUACCGUGAAGCCAAUCCGGCUCUUUACACGAUCGUCACUUUUCCUUUUCUUUUCGGUGUUAUGUUUGGAGAUGCUGGUCACGGUAUAAUAUUGAUAAUUUUCGCUGCGAUUAUGGUACUUCGAGAAAAAAAGAUCAUGGAACAAAAGCUUGAUAAUGAAAUAGCAAGUAUAUUUUUUCAUGGACGUUACAUUAUCCUGCUGAUGGGUAUCUUUUCUGUUUACACCGGUAUUAUCUAUAACGACGUCUUUGCAAAGUCCCUAAAUAUUUUUGGAUCCAGUUGGAGAAACAAUUACAAUUAUACAACUAUAAAGGAUUCUCAUGCGCUCACAUUGGAUCCAGCUACGGAAGCUUACCUACAAUCACCCUAUCCUCUCGGUGUUGAUCCCGUUUGGAUGAUCGCCGAAAAUAAGAUACUCUUUCUUAAUUCUUACAAAAUGAAAUUGUCUAUAAUAUUCGGAGUCGUUCACAUGAUAUUCGGAGUUUGUAUGAGUGUUGUUAAUAUAAUACAUUUCAAGAAAUAUUCAAGUUUGAUCUUCGAAUUUCUUCCGCAAUUAAUCUUUCUGCUUGUUUUAUUUUUCUACAUGGCAUUUUUAAUGUUUGCUAAAUGGGUCAUGUACGAUGCGACUUCGUCAGAAUUAAGGUUCAAACCAGGCUGUGCACCAUCUGUGUUAAAUACUUUUAUUAAUAUGAUGCUGUUCCAACAUGCCAAGGUAGAAAGUGGUUGUUACGAGUACAUGUUCGAAGGUCAGGAGACGAUGCAAACGUGCUUUGUUCUCAUCGCACUUCUAUGCAUCCCUGUAAUGUUAUUCGGUAAACCGCUCUGUACAUUGUUUUGUUCCAAACCGAAAUCAUUAGAUGAUGGAAAAGUUCUUAGAAACGGUAAUGCUUCUCAAGAUAUAGAAUUGCAGAAUGUACCUUCGAUGAGUCAAACUGUAAGCGUGCAUCAAGAUCAUGAUAACAGUUUUAGCGAAUUGAUGAUUUAUCAAGCCAUUCAUACGAUAGAAUAUGUUUUAUCAACGGUUUCUCACACUGCUUCUUAUCUACGUCUUUGGGCUUUGUCUUUAGCUCAUUCUCAAUUAUCUGAGGUCCUUUGGAGUAGAGUUUUACGAAUGGGAUUAGGAGCUGGAGACAGUAAUUACGUUUCAAGCGUUAUUUUGUUCUGUACCUUUGCUGCUUGGGCGUUUUUCACAGUUUGUAUUCUUGUUUUAAUGGAAGGACUAUCCGCCUUUCUUCAUACUCUUCGGCUCCAUUGGAUGGAAUUUAUGAGUAAAUUUUAUAAAGGAGAAGGAUACAUUUUUCAGCCAUUUUAUUUUAAAAAUAUACUAGACGCCGAGGAUGUUGAAGAUUAAUCGUUCAUAAAUAAACAAAAGCAAUAAUACAUUUUUUCCUAAGGAAUUUACAUUAUCAAAGACCAUAUAUAUCAUGAUUGCGAAAUUUCUUAUUAUUAUCUAAACGGAACAAGACAGGGUUUCACUCAACUUCCGUAAUGUGCCUUUGUCGAAAGUAUAUAUACGUUAAAUAUAAUUAAAAACGCGAAAUCAUAUCUUUUAAUCAAAAUAUUGUAUAUUUCGAUACGGUGUAGAAAGAAACGGAUCAGAAUUCGUUUCAAUUUUUUAAGAAUACACGACGAUGCGUAAUAUACAGAUGUUGUUCGUCUUAACGCUAUCAUAAAUAUUUCUUUGUUAUAGCUAUCAAUAUUUUUUGGUUUAACUCAUUUAUCUCGAUAUAAAUUUGGGUUUUAUCAUACUUGUAAUUUGUUAAGAAUUUUCGACGAUAUUGAGUCUUUUUAUCAUUGUUGUUUUAUUUGGAAGUGUGUUUAGUUUGAGAAAAAAAAAAGAAAAGAAAAAGAAAAAAAGAGAAUGUUACAGAUUUGUACGUGCAAUGUUAUUCAUUCCAUUAGUUACAAUCGUAAGUCUGCCAUUAUUGAUGUUCAUAGUUUAGAUAAUAAUAAUUCUCUCUCUCUCUAGAUAUAUUGUAUAAUAUAUAAUAUAUAAUAUAUAAUAUAUAAUGUAUAAUAUAUAAUAUAUAUUAACAUAUAUGUAAUAUAUAAUAUAUAUAUAUUAUAUAACAUAUAAUAUUAUAUAUACGUUAAGGGCAACGAUUGUAUUUCAUGCACGCUCUAAUUUUGAUUAAUAAGACAAAGACAAGUCGACGAUAAAUAAUUGUUGGAAAGAAAGUGUCAAGAGAAAAGUACAUUCUGUAUUAAUAAAGUACAAAUUCUUUAUAAUAAAUAA